AUGGAUGCUUGUUUCGAGCCCUUACUCGGCGACGAUGCGUUUUGCUACAUCGACGAUAUCGUCAUUUGCGGCGACGACUUCGAGAGCGUGCUCGCAAAAGUGGAGCUCUUCCUGAAGCAAUGCAGGAAGACUGGGUUCUACCUGCGGCUCGACAAAAGCGAGUGGUUUAAGCACCAGGUGAAGUACUUAGGACACGUGGUCGGCACGGAUGGUAUCAAGGUCCAAGAGAAGAAGACACAAACUAUCGUAGCAGCGCCGAGACCAGAGAGCAGACGCGGUCUUCAGAGCUUCCUGGGCGUGUGUGGUUACCUGCGGCCGUUCAUCCCUCGCUACUCGGACACGACGGCACCGUUGUUCGACCUCUUGAAGAAGGGCGCCGAGUUCAAGUGGCAGCCAGCGCACGAACGUGCCUUCGAGGCCCUAAAAGAAGCAGUACAGAACACGGUCACUCUGCACGCACCGACCCCCACAGGAACCUACAUAAUCGAGACGGACGCCUCCGAACUGGGAUCGGAAGUUCAACCCCACGGAGCGACGCUGGGACACGCGAGAGAGGGAGCUGUUCGCAGUUAA